AUGUCCUUCCAAGUUGUUCUUUUCCUGAAGGUCUUCAUCGGGUUUUUUUAAUGUUUAGGAACUCCUUCCUUGCUUGUCCUGUUUUUCCUCUGCUCGCUUCAAACUCUGGGCUCCUUAUAUAAUCCAUUAAUUUACAUAUUCAUAAAAUAUAAUUAUAAUUAUAAUACAGCUAUUCUUUUAUCACAAGGACAAGGUUUCUCGCUCUGAGGACAAGGUUCCUCACCCUGAGGACAAGGUUCCUCACACUAAGGAAAAGCUUCCUCACUCUGAGAACAAGGUUCCUCACUCUGAGGACAAGGUUUCUCACACUGAGGACAAGGUUCCUCACUCUGAAGUCAGGUUCCUCACUCUGAGGAGAACGUUCCUCACUCUGAGGACAAGGUUCUUUACACUGAGGACAAGGUUCCGCAUUCUGAGAAGAAGGUUCCCGACUCUGAGGACAAGGUUCCUCACUCUGAGGACAAGAUUCCUUACUCUGAGGAAAAGGUUCCUCACACUGAGGACAAGGCUCCUCACUCUGAGGACAAGGCUCCUCACUCUGAGGACCAGGUUCCCCACAAUGAGGACAACGUUUGUCACCCUGAGGACAAGUUUCUCACUCUGAGGACAAGGUUCUUCACACUGAGGACAAGGUUCCUCACUCUGAGGACAAGAUUCCUCACUCUGAGGAAAUGGUCCCUCACACUGAUGAGAAGGCUCCUCACUCUGGGGACAAGGUUCCUCACUCUGAGGACAAGGUUCUUGAGUCUGAGGACAAGGUUCCUCACUCUGAGGACAAGGCUCCAAAUUCUGAAGGCAGGUUCCUCACACUGAGGACAAGUUUCCUCGUUCUGAGGACAUACAAGGUUCCUCACUCUGAGGACAAGGUUCCUCACUCUGAGGACACGGUUCCUCACUCUGAGGACAAUGUUCCUCACUCUGAAGUCAGGUUCCUCACUCUGAAGUCAGGUUCCACACCUUGAAGACAAGGUUCCUCAUCCUGAGGACAAGGUUCCGCACUCUGAGAAGAAGGUUCCUGACUCUGAGGACAAGGUUCCUCACUCUGAGGACAAUGUUCCUCACUCUGAGGAACAGGUUCCUCACACUGAGGACAAUGCUCCUCACUCUGAGGACAAGGCUCCUCACUCUGAGGACAAGGUUCCUCACUCUGGGGACAGGGUUCUUGACGCUGAGGACAAGGUUCCUCACUCUGAGGACAAGGUUCCGCACUCUGAAGGCAGGUUCCUCACACUGAGGACAUGUUUCCUCGUUCUGAGGACAAGGUUCCUCACUCAUAGGACAAGGUUCUCCACACUGAGGACAAAGUUCCGCACUCUGAGAAGAAGGUUCCUGACUCUGAGGACAAGGUUCCUCACUCUGAGGAAAAGGUUCCUCACACUGAGGACAAGGUUCAUCACUCUGAAGACAAGGUUCUUGACUCUGAGGACAAGUUUCCUCACUCUGAGGACAAGGUUCCGCACUCUGAAGCAAGGUUCCUCACACUGAGUACAAGCUUCCUCGUUCUGAGGACAAGGUUCCUCACUCUGAGGACAAGGUUCCUCACACUGAGGACGUGUUUCCUCACUCUGAGAACAAGUCUCCUCACUCUGAGGACAAGGUUCAUAACACUGAAGACAAGGUUCCUCACCCUGAGAACAAGGUUCCUCACUCUGAGGAAAAGGUUGCUCACUCUGAGGACAAGGUUCUUCACACUGAGGACAAGGUUCUUUAUACUGAGGACAAGGUUCCUCACUCUGCGAAAAAGGUUCCUCACUCUGAGGACAAAGUUCCUCACACUGAGGACAAGGUUCCUCACUCUGAGGACAAGGGUCCUCACUCUGAGGACAAGGUUCCUCACUCUAAGGAUAAGGUUCCUCACUCUGAGGACAAGGUUCCUCAUUCUGAAGACAGGUUCCUCACUCUGACGACAAAGUUCAUCUCUCUGAUGACAAGGUUUCUCGCUCUCAGGACAAGGUUCCUCACUUAAAGGACAAGGUUCCUCACUCCGAGGAGAAGGUUCCUCACUCUGAUGACAAGGUUCCUCGCUCUCAGGACAAGGUUCCUCACUUAAAGGACAAGGUUCAUCACUCCGAGAACAAGGUUCCUCACUCUGGAAACAAGGCUCCUCACACUAAGGACUAGGUUCCUCACUCUAAAAACAAUGUUCCUCACUCUGAGGACAAGGGUCCUCACUCUGAGGACAAGGGUCGUCACUCUGAAGACAAGGUUUUCACUAUAAGUCAAGGUUUCUCACUCUGAGGAAAAGGUUCCUCACUCUGAAGACAAUGUUCCUCACUCUGAAGUGUGCUUCUUCACUCUGAAGACAAGGUUCCUCACUCUGAGGACAAGGUUCUUCACACUGAGAACAAGGGUCCGCGCUCUGACAAUAAGGUUCCUCACUCUGAGGACAAGUUUUCUCACACCGAGGACAAGGGUCGUCGCUCUGAAGACAAGGUUUUCUUUAUAAGUCAAGGUUUCUCACUCUGAGGACAAGGUUCCUCACUCUGAGGGCAAUGUUCCUCACUCUGAAGUCAGGUUGCUCACUCUGAAGACAAGGUUCCUCACUCUGUGGACAAGGUUCUUCACACUGAGGACAAGGGUCCUCACUCUGAGGACAAGGUUCCUCACUCUGAGGAAAAGGUUCCUCAGACUGAGGACAAGGCUCCUAACUCUGAGGGCAAGGCUCCUCACUCUGAGGAUAAGGUUCCUCACUGUGAGGACAAGGUUCCUCAAUCUGAGGAAAAGGUUCCUCACUCUGAGGAAAUGGCUCCUCACACUGAGGAAAAGGCUCCUCACUCUGAGGACUAG